AUGGUUGAAGAAAUAUUUACUAGAAUUAUUUUAUUUUUUGAUGUUUUGACGAAGCCUAAAACAUCUUUUGAAUGUCUGCUUUGUUUAAAGCCAUACAAAAUUUUUAUGUUAAUUAAAAGCAAUGUUCAAGUUCUCAUGUUCUUCUUCAUGAUUUGUUUAAUUUUUCAUAUUGAAAAGUCUCAACAGCCACUAGAAAAUUGCAAUUUAAGUGGCUCAAAAAUUAUGUAUUUCAGACAGAACGUGGAGGAUAAUUCAAAAGCCUUUCGUCCAGGGCACAAAACGUUUUUUCAACUCAUCGAAGGAGGGAAAGGAAAAUGCCAAUUUGAAAAAUCAGCAGAACAUAAAAGCUUUUCUCUACUAAUUUUACGACAAUUGUCUGUUGUAAAAUGGCGAAAUAAAAAACAAAUAACAGCAAAGGUGAAGCUUCAAAUCCCAACUCACAUGAGUGAAUCAUAUAAAUGGUUUCAGGGUAUGCUGAAAUUCAUCUUAUCAGUGCGUGUUUACAUGACUUUAUUGAAGUUCAAGGAUAAAUAUGAGUAUUUUCCAGAUGCCUCUUUGAACAUUUGCCAUGCCUGUCGUUCUAUUCUUGCCAGCAUCGAGACCAUAAUUCAAUUUUGUCUUGUUUUUAUGAACACACAAAAGCAUAGAAAUUUCUUUUUUCCCUUCUUACCAUCCCCGUUGACUUGGUUACCAUUGAUGAUGAGCGCCAAAGAAUAA